AUGGGCGGAUAUUUUGAUGGGGCAGCUAGUGUUGCAUUGGGUGCACUGUUGCACGCACUGACCACAUCCAGUAGGGUUCUCGGCGCCUCGCGUUGUAGUCGGAGUAGACAACCACCGAUCCCGAACGGCCGAGGUCUCGGUAUAUUACGAUUAACGUUAGACAUUUUGGUUUUAUACACAAUAGAUUCCAAUUCUAGCUAA